GCAAAUGGCAUCAGGGCUUUGCCCGCCGCGAGUAUACCCCCACCUACAGGGGCUUUGACUCGCACGUGGGCUUCUGGUCGAUGGCCAUCGGGUAUUACGAUCACCAAAACUGUCAGUCGUGGGGCACCUGUGGCCUCGAUUUUCGCCAUAAUAUGGAUGUCAUAACAAACGCGUCGGACAUCUAUUCAACGCGUUAUUUCACCGAUCGAUGCGUUCAUAUAAUCGACCAACACAACACAUCGCAACCCCUAUUCCUAUACGUGCCCUAUCAGGCGGUUCAGGUGCCGUUUGUGCCCAUACGGGAGCGCAUGGAUCUCUUCCCAUACAUCCGGUCACCCGAACGCCGAGUGUUGGCCGCAAUGGCCUAUAGUAUGGACGAGUCUAUCGGCACUAUUAUGGAGGCUCUCCAUAGCAAACAUAUGCUCGACAACAGUAUUGUUAUAUUUAUUAGCGAUAACGGGGGCCACCCUUUCGAGCAUAACAAGUGGACACGAAGCGCGACAAGUGGUCCUAGAGCAAAUGAUGGUCAGAAUCGACCGCUAAGGGGUGGAAAGUUUUUGCUUUACGAAGGAGGCAUACGAGUGCCGGCACUGGUGUGGAGUCCAUUGCUUAACAAAAGUGGUUACGUAUCGCAAGCUUUAGUUCACAUCACAGAUCUCUUGCCAACUGUUUUGGAAGCUAUCGAUGGCACGAGACUUAAUGAUGAUGAUCAUCAAAGUGUUUCCCAAUGGAAAGUGCUAUCAAAUAAUGAACGGCCCGUUCGGUGGGAAAUACAACACAAUGUGGACACCAUUGAGAAUUCAUCGGCCAUUCGAUGGCAUGACUGGAAACUAAUCCAAACGAGAAAACCCUUCGGACAGUCGCCGGCGGAUUACAACCACUUUCCCAUAGAUAUUGGCCCCCAUUCGCGGCAAACGCUUCAACACAACGACCGCUUAAAUAGCAAAACGUAUCGCAUUUUGCGGCAAAUGAAUCGCCGACCGGACUAUACAGUGUUGAGCUCAGAGGUGGUCGAGUGCCGACCGGUGCCGACCGACUCACACCACCCGCCAGACUGUAUGUCCGAUUACUGUCUGUUUAACGUACGGCACGACCCGUGCGAACAGCACAACCUCAUCGGCCAAACGGACCGUCGAUUCGUGCGAUUCCUGCGCCAGAAAAUGGUUACGUUUGACACGAGUUCUGUUCCGCCGCUAAGUCUGGUCCCAAACGACCCGAAAUCCAAUCCCAAGCUCUAUAACAAUACAUAUGUUAAUUGGUUAGAUUACUACCAAAAUGAGCAUGGCCAAUUUAUCACUGAU